AUGGCAUCUGCUUUAGUUGAUGUUGUUGUUGAAAAAAUUGCGCAAUUGGUAACUGAGGAGGCUUCACUCUUCCUCAACUUCAACAAGGACUUUGAAUGGCUGAGUGACAAACUCAAUGAUUUAAAAGGCUAUCUCAGCUUUACAGAUGCGCAUAGUGCACGGAAUGAUGCCGUGAAAAGAUGGAUGCUAAAGUUUGAAAAUAUUGCUUGGGAUGUAGAAGACAUACUGGAUGAAUAUGCUACUUGGGAUGCAGAGAAUGUUGAUCAAUUCUCUUGUGUCUGUCAUUCCAUUUCUUGUCAAUUAGUCUUUCGCUUUAAAAUGGCACAUCGGAUUAAGGACGUGAAAGAUAGAAUGAGGUCCAUUAUGGAAAAUGCAGCAGAGCUCAAGCUUGUUGGGGAUCUGACUCAUCCAGGCCAAGCUUCCAGAAGUACAUCUCAGAAUGUAAAGUGGAGGGGUUUAAAUAUAAUAGAGAGCGGUUCACGACCAGUGGCUAUUGAGUCCAAGGUUGAAGAUGUCCUCCGCUUACUCGAUGACCCUGCUGCUCCUGUCAUUGCCGUCGUUGGUAUGGGCGGCGUUGGGAAGACAUUUUUACUGCAAAAUGUCUUCAACAGUGUAAAGGAUAAGAAGAAUAAGUUUGGGAAAUCAAUCUGGCUCUCUAUCUCUCAGACUUACUUACUUAAAAAGUUGCAAGCUGCUUUAGCAUUUGAAAUAGGGUUGGACGUGGACGUUAUUGAUAGUGUAGAUGAAGUGAAGGCUGCAGAGUUGAUUCAUGACCGUUUAGAAAGCACAAGGUUCCUCAUUGUGUUGGGUGAUGUGUGGAGAGCAACUGGGGAGUACAAGUUGUUUUCUGCACUUGGCCUUCCAACUGAGCAUAACAGCCAAUGCAAAAUUGUAGUCACUACCCGAAGCAGAGAUGUGUGCAAAAGCAUGAAUGCUCAUGUUUAUGAGCUGCAACCUUUGUCAGAAGAAGAGAGCUGGAGCUUGUUUUGUGCUUUUGCCUUCCAGGGAAGUCAACCGCCAGGUUAUCUUAAAGAUAUUGCCCGUGAAAUCGAAGGAAAAUGUGCGAAAUUGCCCUUGGCUGUUAGAACCGUUGCAGCGUCUCUGGCGGAGUAG